AUGGAAUAUUUUAUUAAGCUCAUAAAGAGAAAGCAUAGUAAAGACGUUUCGAAUGACAAGAAAGCUGUACAGAAGCUUCGCCGCGAGGCUGAGCGCGCGAAGCGCUCCCUGUCCAACCAACACCAAGUCAGAGUUGAGAUAGAAUCUCUCUAUGACGGUAUUGAUUUUUCUGAGCCUCUCACCAGAGCCAGGUUUGAAGAGUUAAAUAAUGACCUCUUCCUCAAAACGAUGGGGCCUGUCAAGAAGGCAAUGGAGGAUGCUGGUAUGAAGAAAAGUCAAAUCGAUGAAAUUGUUUUAGUUGGUGGCUCGACAAGAAUCCCCAAAGUUCAGGAACUGUUGAAAGAGUACUUUGAUGGCAAGGAACCGAGCAAGGGAGUGAACCCAGAUGAAGCUGUUGCAUAUGGUGCUGCAGUCCAAGGCGGGAUUUUAUCUGGCGAAGGGGGUGAUGAAACGAAGGACAUACUUCUCCUUGAUGUAGCACCUCUGACACAAGGUAUUGAAACAGUUGGUGGCGUUAUGACGAAGUUGAUCCCACGUAAUACUGUCAUACCGACAAAAAAAUCUCAAACUUUUACAACAUAUCAAGAUAAUCAGCAAACUGUGAUGAUACAGGUUUUUGAGGGUGAAAGAGCCAUGACCAAGGAUAAUCAUUUACUUGGUAAAUUUGAACUCACGUCAAUUCCCCCUGCACCCAGGGGUGUUCCACAAAUCGAGGUUACGUUUGAAAUUGAUGCGAAUGGGAUUCUUAAUGUCGGUGCGGAAGAUAAAGGAACUGGUAAAUCAGAGAAAAUUACUAUAACAAACGAUAAAGGGAGACUUUCUCAAGAAGAAAUUGAACGUAUGGUCGAAGAAGCUGAAGAAUUUGCAGAGGAGGACAAAAAAAUUAAAGAGCGAAUCGAUUCGAGGAAUAGUUUGGAGACUUACGCCUACAACAUGAAAAAUACUGUCUCAGACAGCGAUAAAUUGGGCGAUAAGCUUGAAGAGUCGGACAAGUCUACCAUUCAAGACGCUGUGAAGGAAGUUCUUGAGUGGUUAGAUGAGAAUCAAGAAGCAGACACGGAAGAAUACGAAGAAAAACUUAAAGAAAUUGAGGGGAUCUGCAACCCAAUUGUUUCUCAAGCGUAUCAGCAGAAUGAGGAGGACUCAGAGUCUGGGGAUGUUGACGACCAUGACGAGCUUUAA